UGACCACUUGGUGCUUGGAUCUCUCGAUCUUGAAAUAUCCGUGUCGAUGCCGGCCGUCUUGCUAAUUAAUGGCUCUCAUCAAGAUGUGAAUGUGAUCUCGUCUCAACUGAGAGAAAUCCUGGAAAUCCAAUCCAAGAUUCAAGAUGAACGGGCUGCCGCGGACUGCGCACCUCGAGGCACGGUGUUGGUGCUCUACCCGUCUACCGACGGCUUUCGCCGCGAAUCGACCUUUUACGGGUAUAGAACCUGGUUUCCAGGCUGGCAAAGUCCGCCGGCUUCAUCAACGAGCUCAUGGCGGCGAAUGCAGAACCUCGACCAUUCAGCGGCUCCCGAGGCCAUGUGCGAAGCCUGGAGGGAACCCUCUCCCGGCCUUCAACAAUGCCGAGGCCAUAGCAAUGCCUAGUCGCCGGUACAACACCACCACCACCACAACAACAACAAACAACACCGACACGACGACGCCACAAGCGCAAGAACCGCGAAUCCACAGCAUCUUCGAGCCGCAGACGUCCACCUGGCAGUACAUCGUGGCCGACCCGGCGACCCGCGCCGCGGUCGUCAUCGACCCGGUGCUGGACUACGACAAGACCACGCGCGCCAUCUCCACCACCGCCGCCGACGCCCUCCUGGACUUCAUCCGCUCCGAGGGUUACACCGUCUCGCACGUGCUCGAGACGCACGCGCACGCGGACCACCUGACGGCGGCCUUCUACCUCCGGCGACGGCUCGCCGCCCUGCAAGGGCAAGGGGGACGACCCGGCGGCGACCAGGGGGCGGCGCCGGCGGUGGGCAUCGGCCGCCGCAUCGGCGAGGUGCAGGGCCUGUUCGGGAAGCGCUACGGCGUCGCCUGCGACGAGUACGACGGCGCGUUUGACCUCCUCCUGGACGACGACCAGGUCUUCUGGAUUGGCCAGCUGCCCGCGCAAGUCAUGCAUCUGCCCGGGCACACGCCGGACCACGUCGGCUAUCGGAUCGGAGACAACGUCUUUUGCGGCGACUCGCUGUUCCACCCCGCGCUGGGGACGGCGCGGUGCGAUUUCCCCGGCGGGAGCGCGCGGGCGCUGUAUCAGUCAGCGAGGAAGCUGCUCUCGCUGCCGGACCAUGUCAAGGUGUGGGUUGGGCACGACUAUCCCCCCGAGGGGGAGAGGGCGCCGGAGCCGUGGACUACGGUCGGCGAGCACCGAGCAAGGAACAAGCAUGUCAGGGACGGGGUUACCGAGGACGAGUUUGUGCAGAUGAGGAACGCCAGGGACAAGGUCCUGGGGGCGCCACGGCUGCUGCACGAGAGUCUGCAGGUGAAUAUCCGCGCCGGGCAGCUGCCCAGGGCGGACGAGUCGGGGAUGAGGACGCUUCGGCUACCGAUCAAGGUACCCGACGAGGGUUGGUAGGGGCUCGAAACUGCCACAGCGCGGGUGGAUCGGAUGUAAUUGAAUUGUAAGAUAUAUGUACUAAUUAUUAGUUACUUGCGCUCCUGGAGGUGAUAAUUAUCAUCAGGGAUGAUACAUCAAUCCUCCGUAGCGAUGGCUGUAUUAAUUAAUAGGUGGUUACUGUUUA